AUGGCCGAAGAGGUUUUCAACGAUAUUCCAGAAGAACUGCACGCUACUAUACUGCCCAGAGAGGUAAGUUCAGAUGCAAAUGAUACCACGUCGCUAAAAGACGAAGAGAAACAGUACCUGUCAGAAAACAGCGUUUCUGUGUCGAGAAACCAGAGCUCGACAACCAAGAGCUUGAGCCAGCUUCCCAGCGAAAACGGAGUGUCUUUCGGGAAGAUUUUAUCGUUCGCCGGAUCUUGUUCGAUAAACCUGGUCUUGCCCUUCAUCAACGGCCUCAUGCUUGGGUUCGGAGAGCUUGUGGCCCACGAAAUAAGCUGGAACUGGAACUGGUUCAACAAGAGCAACAAUGGGUACAGGAUCUUCCCGGAAAACAGGAAACAGGCUGCUACUGCUACUGCUAAGAACCCCUCCUCUAACGACGCUGACGCUAAUGAUAAAUUCCUUUAA